AUCUCACCCGCCCUCUCCCUGUCAGUAUGGGGGUACCCAGUACAGCCUGGUGGUGUUCAACACGGUGGACUGCGCCCCGGAGUCCUAUGUGCAGUGCCAUGCCCCCACCAGCAGCGCCUACGAGUUCGUCGCCUGGCUGGACGGCAUCCAGUUUGUGGGGGGCGGCGGCGAGAGCUGCAGCCUCAUCGCCGAGGGGCUCAGCACGGCCCUGCAGCUCUUUGACGACUUCAAGAAGAUGAGGGAGCAGAUAGGCCAGACCCACAAGGUGUGCAUCCUGAUCUGCAACUCGCCCCCCUACCUGCUGCCGGCUGUGGAGAGCACCACCUACUCCGGCUACACCACCGAGAACCUGGUGCAGAAGAUCGGAGAGCGCGGGAUCCACUUCUCCGUCGUGUCCCCCCGCAAGCUGCCGGCGCUGCGGGUGCUCUUCGACAAGGCCACGCCCGGCGGGAUGCUGGAGGCCCAACCCAAAGACUUCAGCCAGGAUCCCCGGCACAUGAUCCUCAUCCGCGGCAUGGUGCUGCCGGUAGGUGGCAGCGCAGCCUCUGGUGCCAUCCAGCCCAAGCAGGUGGUGCCCCAACCGCAGCUCCCCACCGCGCCCCCGCAGCACCCGCCGGCCCCGCAGCAGCCCCUGCCGCCCGCCUCCCAGCCCUACCAGCCCAGCUCCCUCAACGCCGCCCAGGCCGCAGCGCAGUCUGCCGUGGAGGCCGCCAAGAACCAGAAAGCCAGCAUAGCCUCGCGCUUCACCCCGCUGAACGCCUUGCAGACGCCCUUCAGCCAGGCACCCGCGCAGCCGCUCCCCACCGGCUCUGUCCCAGCCAUGGCCCCCAAGCUGCCGCCCUCCUCCCAACCCAGCCUGGUCUCCACCGUCACCACCAACCCCAGUCUGCUGACCCAGCCGCCCGGCCAGCCCCCCCCGCAGCCUGGGGCCCCAGCCAUGCCCGGAGCCCCAGAGCAGAACCGAAAUGACAGAUCUUCAUGUCCCGCAGAGCGAGACUUUUCGAACGAUACCUCAGCAGACAGACUUGGCCCAAAACAUCCCCUCGUUCCAUGA